AUUUUCAGACAUUUCAUUUGGCAGCACUUGACUAAAUUCAACUCCAUGUUGUCAAAAACUGCUGUAAGAAUUUGAGGCGGAGAGUCCAGUGAAGAGACUGAGAGCUUCAUAUAGGAAUCAGAGUCCGGGACUAUAAAGGGGGGUUCUGAUCAAUGGGCAGAUCCCUGCAGUCGCGCCAAAUACUGGAAGUAUGACAGAGACUAGACCCUUUGAGCGACUACCCACUUGCGUUCACCCCGUCAACUACCACUUGUGGCUAAAGCCGGACCUGGAAAAUUUGAUUUUCAGGGGCAACCUGGAAGCCCAAGUGAAGGUCACGACAGCAACAAAUGAGAUCGUGAUCAACUGCGCCGACAUCGACAUCGAGAGCGUGUCGUUCGUACCUCAGGGAGGCGACGAAAUUAAAGCAACAGGAUUCAACUACCAGAAUGAGGAUGAGAAAGUGACUCUGCUGUUCCCUUGUGCUUUACAGUCAGGCUCAGGUUCAUUGAACAUCAGCUACUGUGGAGAGCUGAACGACAAAAUGAAAGGCUUCUGUCAAAGUAAAUACACAACACCCGAGGGAGAGGUCCGCUACGCUGCCGUCACCCAGUUCGAGGCCACGGGCGCUCGCCGAGCCUUCCCCUGCUGGGACGAACCCGCCAUCAAAGCUACCUUUGACGUCACGCUCAUCAUUCCCAAAGACCUGGUGGCCUUGUCCAACAUGAAUGUCAUAGACCAAAAACGAUAUUUUGAUGAUGUUGAGGAUGAUCAGCUAGUGGAGGUGAAGUUUGGCACCACCCCCCUCAUGUCAACUUACCUCCUAGCUUUCGUCGUCGGCGAGUUCGACUACGUGGAGAGCCUGUCGUCCGACGGAGUGACAGUCCGCGUCUACACGCCUGUUGGGAAGGCGCAACAAGGACAGUUUGCGUUGGAGGUGGCAACUAAAACGUUGUCCUUCUACGACGACUUCUUCAGUGUCCCCUACAGUCUGCCCAAACUAGAUCUCAUCGCCAUCCCAGAUUUCCCCGCAGGAGCCAUGGAAAACUGGGGCCUUAUCACAUACAGGGAGACGGCGUUGUUGAUCGACUCAGACGUCUCCUGCUCGUCUUCCAAACAGUGGGUGGCGCUAAUGGUUGGACACGAACUUGCCCACCAGUGGUUUGGAAACUUGGUCACCAUGGAAUGGUGGACUCACUUAUGGCUGAACGAAGGCUUCGCCUCCUGGAUGGAGUAUCUGUGCGUGGACACCUGCUUCCCUGAAUACGACGUGUGGACUCAGUUCGUCUCGGCCGACUACACUCGCGCGCUCGAGCUGGACGCGCUCGACAGCAGCCAUCCCAUCGAGGUAGACGUGUGUCAUCCAUCAGAAGUGAACGACGCGUUCGACGUCAUCUCCUACAGCAAAGGGCCGUCCGUGAUCCGCAUGCUUCACGAAUAUAUCGGCGAUGAGGACUUCAGGAAAGGGGUGAACAACUACCUCUUGAAAUUCAAGUUUCAAAAUGCUACUGCAGAGGACCUGUGGCGGUGUCUGGAGGACGCGAGUGAGAAACCCAUCGUGGCUGUGAUGAGCACAUGGACCAAACAGAUGAACUAUCCGCUACUGGUGGUGGACGAGGAGCAGCAAGGUGACAACCGAAUCCUCAGGAUAUCUCAGAGAAUGUUCUGUGCGAGUGGAAAACAAAAUGACGACAGGAGCUGCAGGUGGAUGGUCCCCAUUAGCAUCUGCACAGGAGACAACCCCAAAUCCAUCAAGCUGAAGGAACUGCUACGCCGUCAGGAAAUGACCUUCACGCUGAGAGAAGUCUCACCAAACCAGUGGGUGAAGCUCAACCCCGGAACAGUGGGCUUCUAUCGGGUCCACUACAGCGCCGCCAUGUUGAACAACCUGCUGCCGGCCGUCAGAGACCACGUCCUCCCGCCAGUGGAUCGCCUCAGUCUGCAGAAUGACCUGUUCACCCUGUCUCGUGCAGGGAUGAUCAGCACGGUGGAGUACCUGAAGCUGCUGGAGGCCUUCACCCACGAGCCAAACUACUCGGUGUGGAGCAACGUGAGCAGCAACUUGGGCGUCUUGCUGUCGCUGCUGUCCUACACAGACUUCCACCGGGAGAUGCAGGACUUCGUCCUGAGCAUGUUCCUGCCCGUCAGCCUGGAGCUGGGCUGGGACCGGAAACCUGGAGAAAGUCACUAUGAUUCCCUGUUGAGAAGUCUGGUUCUGCAGAAAUUGGGGAACACGGGGCACCAACCAACGGUGGAGGAGGCCCAGCGCAGAUUCAGGGAGCAUCUGAGGAUGAAGCAGCCUCUUGUUGCAGACCUCCGGACCCCGGUGUAUUUGACAGUCCUGAAGCACGGAGAUGCCUCCACACUGGAGACCAUGCUGAAGCUCCACAGAGACGCGGACAUGCAGGAGGAAAUGAAUCGAAUAGAGCGGGCGCUGUGUGCCGUCACUGCGCCGGAGCUCAUCCAGAAAGUUCUGACCUUCGCCCUCUCGGAGGCAGUUAGUCCGCAGGACUCGGUGUUGGUGAUCGGAGGCGUGGCUGCGGCGAGCAAACAGGGACGGAUCGCUGCCUGGAAGUUUGUGAAGGAAAACUGGGAAGAGAUUUAUCAUCGCUACCAGGGCGGAUUACUCAUACAUCGACUCAUCAAGCUCACAGUCGAUCGCUUCGCCGAUGAAAAAAUGGCCGCCGAGGUCCAGAGGUUCUUCACCAACUACAGGGUGCCGUCAGUGGAGCGCACCGUGCAGCAGUGCUGCGAGAACAUCCUCCUGAACGACGCCUGGCUGAAGCGAGACGCCAACGAAAUUCGGCAAUAUUUACAAGAGCGAACAGCUCCGCCCCUCUGAGUGAAAGACGUUCUCACCUGGGACAUCAUGACACCCCGAAAACUCGCUUCCUUGUGAAUACUGACAUUAUUUUGUGAUUCAUGUGAAUAAAUCAGAGGUUGUUGG